UUUUCUUUGUAAACUACCUGAAAAGUAUAAAUUAUGGCUGAUCAACUCACAGAAGAGCAAAUUGCUGAAUUCAAGGAAGCGUUCUCCCUUUUCGACAAGGACGGCGAUGGUACAAUCACCACCAAGGAGCUGGGAACCGUUAUGAGGUCUUUGGGACAAAACCCAACUGAAGCUGAGCUUCAGGACAUGAUCAAUGAAGUUGAUGCUGACGGCAACGGAACCAUCGAUUUUCCCGAGUUUUUGACAAUGAUGGCCCGAAAAAUGAAGGACACCGAUAGUGAAGAAGAAAUUAGAGAAGCAUUUAGGGUUUUCGAUAAGGACGGCAAUGGCUUCAUCUCAGCCGCUGAGCUGCGUCAUGUUAUGACCAAUCUUGGUGAAAAGCUAACGGACGAAGAAGUUGAUGAAAUGAUCAGAGAAGCUGAUGUUGACGGAGAUGGCCAAGUCAACUAUGAAGAGUUUGUGAACAUGAUGACAAACAAGUGAAUGGGGUGUAUCCAAGUUCUUUGCUGCAUUCUAAGUCUCACGUGUUACAAGAAAAACAAUUUAAACAAUUAUCAAUCAUUCCAUAGGCUGAUUAAUUUACAAAUACUUUAAAUAUCUCUGCUACAGCAUUGUCCAUGACGAAUCUGCGCAAUUCGUGUUAAAUAUAUAUCCAUUUGUACAACAACCCGAAUAUAUCAUCCAGUUGUUACACUCUUUUUACAAAGUUUUAUUAAUUCAAUGUUGGUGCAUUUUAACCCUUAAAUAAUUUCCCAAAUACAAACUUGUUGGUAUUACAUACAAAAAA